AUGUACCUAGCUACGUUCACUCGACCAAACUUAACGUUUGCAGUCGGCUUGCUCAGUCGGUUCGUAAAUCAACCGAGCAAAUCCCGUUGGAGCGGUGAAGCGAGUAUUGCGCUAUCGAUCCAGCACUUUGAAUAA